AUGGCAGCGUCCGUGCGCGCGCCGAAGAGCUGAUGAAAGAACGGAACUUUUAUUUCUUCUCCGUUCUUCUUUUCUGAUCCGCCGGUGACACUCCAGCCCUUUAAUCCUCUGCGCGCGCACGUUAGCAGCAUCAGCGCGCGCGCUCUCUGUGCGGACUCUUCAUCUCUCACUGCACCAUGGCGCUGAACGUCUGCACGCGAUUUACCGACGAGUAUCAGCUCUACGAGGAGCUCGGGAAAGGAGCAUUCUCUGUGGUGAGAAGGUGUGUGAAGAUCUCAUCAGGCCAGGAAUAUGCAGCAAAAAUCAUCAACACCAAAAAGCUCUCCGCCAGGGAUCAUCAGAAACUGGAGCGAGAAGCUCGAAUCUGCAGACUGUUAAAACACCCCAAUAUAGUCCGUCUGCAUGACAGUAUAUCCGAGGAGGGCUUCCAUUACCUUGUGUUUGAUUUGGUCACUGGUGGAGAGCUGUUUGAAGACAUUGUAGCAAGAGAGUACUACAGUGAGGCUGAUGCCAGUCACUGUAUUCAACAGAUUCUGGAAAGCGUUCAUCACUGUCACAUUAACGGCAUCGUGCACAGAGAUUUGAAGCCUGAGAAUCUGCUGCUAGCAAGUAAAUUGAAGGGAGCUGCAGUAAAGCUGGCUGAUUUUGGACUCGCAAUUGAGGUGCAGGGAGAACAGCAGGCCUGGUUUGGUUUUGCUGGGACUCCUGGUUAUCUAUCCCCUGAGGUUCUGAGGAAAGAUCCUUAUGGGAAACCAGUGGACAUGUGGGCCUGUGGUGUGAUCCUCUACAUCCUGUUAGUUGGUUAUCCUCCAUUUUGGGAUGAAGAUCAGCACCGUCUCUAUCAGCAGAUUAAAGCUGGAGCCUAUGACUUUCCUUCUCCAGAAUGGGACACAGUGACUCCAGAUGCAAAAGAUCUGAUUAAUAAAAUGCUCACAAUAAACCCAAAUAAACGCAUCACUGCAACCGAGGCACUUAAACACCCCUGGAUCUGUCAACGCUCCACUGUGGCCUCCAUGAUGCACAGACAGGAAACGGUGGAGUGUCUAAAGAAGUUUAAUGCUAGGAAGAAGUUGAAGGGAGCCAUUUUAACCACACUGCUAGUUACCAGGAACUUUUCAGCAGCUAAGAGUUUAUUGAACAAGAAGCCGGACAAUGUGAAGGUCAACAACAAGACCAACAAAGACACAAGCACUUCCCCUGCACUGGAACCUCAGACUACUGUCAUUCACAAUCCAGUGGAGAGAAACAAGGAGUCAACAGAGAGCACCAACACCACUAUAGAGGAUGAGGAUAUAAAAGCCUGUCAGGUUGUCAGAAAAGCCAGAAAGCAAGAGAUCAUUAAAGUCACUGAACAGCUGAUUGAGUCUAUCAACAAUGGUGACUUUGAAUUUUACUCUAAGAUGUGUGAUCCUGGGCUAACGUCUUUUGAGCCAGAGGCUUUGGGGAAUCUGGUAGAAGGCCAUGAUUUCCACCGGUUCUACUUUGAGCACGCUCUGUUGAAGGGCACUAAACCGGUCCACACUAUCCUGUUAAACCCUCAUGUCCACCUGAUCGGCGAGGACGCUGCGUGCAUCGCAUACAUCCGUCUCACUCAGUAUUUAGACUCCGGCCAUCCGAGAACCACUCAGUCUGAGGAGACACGAGUUUGGCAUCGGCGUGACGGGAAGUGGCAGAACAUCCACUACCACCGCUCUGGAGCACCCAGUGCCAAGUACCAAUAAAUAAACACCAAUUAUCCAUUAUUAAUAAUCACCAAUAACUGAUAAUGAAACCUUAAUAACAAUAAUCAACUCCUUACACUUCCACUGCUUCACACCCACUGACUGUACUUAGCUCAGUGUGUGUGUGUGUGUGUGUGUGUGUGUGUGUGUGUGUAUGUAUAUGAUGUGUGUGUUGCAGUUGAAGUGAGCCUGCCUUUGUAUGGCCACUUAAAGGCCACGCCCUCUGCAUCAACUCACUGCAAGCCCCUCCCCCUUAUUAACAUAUACCUGAACGUGGAUGAGAGAACGUUCUCGCUCUCUGUCUCUUUCUCUCAUUGUAACACACACAAUGAAAGUGAUGAAAGGAUGAUGUGUUUAUAAAUUGUGUGUGUGUGUGAAAUUUGUCACAUAGUGUAUGUACAUCACCCUAACACACUACACACACACACAAACACACACACACAGAAAAAAGCUAAAUUAUUGUUAAGGAUUUUUACACACACACACACAGUGUGUAUUAAUGUGAUUAUAUACAUUAAUUAAAGUGUAUAAGUGUAAACGCUGUGAGAAUGUAGCAUAAAGCACAUGAGCAGAUUAUUAUAGACAUCAUUAAUAUUCAUGAUAACUAAUGUUUAUUCAUAUAAAUCUUAUUGUUUCUGGGUCCAAGCACAUAGUUUUUUGCUAUAAUUCUUCUUACUCUUGUUAUUAUUAAUCUUAUUAAUAUAAUUGUUGUUAUCGUCCUUGUUAGCUGUAGCACUGUAGAAUUUUUCAUUUUCUGUGUUGAAGCACAGCGAGGAAUAAAACUGUAAGGUGUAGAAAUGUAGCAGGACAGUGACGUGUCCAAUCCCAUCCACACCUUGGCAUCGAUCACCUUAUAGAGCAGGAUUUAUAAAAUUAGCUUCACCCACUUUACUUGAGUUAUUUUAAUCUACACAUCAUGAAGACAAACAUAAUGAGCUGUAGACAUGACAGUGUUAUCAGGGCACUGUGACCUGCUCAUGGCUGGAUUUACAUUUACAACAUUUAGCAGAUCCUUAUUCACAUUUCAUACAACUGAGUGACUGAGUGUUAAGGGCCAUGUUCAGGGGCCCAAAAGUGGACGACUGUUGGACCUGGGAUUCAAACUCACAACCUUCUGAUCAGUGGUCCAACCACUUAGUCACUAAGCUUCCACAUCCCCCACAUAUAAAGGACAAUGUCUAUUCAUUUAAAUUUCUCAUGUUUAUUUAUUCGUAUAAAGAUCCUUUAUUAUUACCAGCCUCCUGUCCUUGUGUACUGUCACUAAUGUAUUCUGCUUAUUUAUUAAUUUGAUUAUUUCUUUAUGGUUGUUAAUGACAUUAUUGUGUACAUGUUGUGUGUAAUAUAAUGAGGUUUAAAGCUGACUGGUCAGUGUGAUAUUCUGGCCCACGGCCCCGGUUUACUUAUUGAGGUGAUGAUGUCAUCAGUGUGUCACAACAGAACAGUCUUCCUUAAGGAGAAACCAGUCAUCACAUUUUAGGGUGUUAUUAUUAUCCUGAUCCUUGUUGUUGUUGUUGUUGUUGUUGUUGUUGUUAAAUUGCUCUGCUGAAACCUCACUAUAGAGAAAUU